GCGGUCCCGGCGGCUGGGGACUGCGGCCGCUCCGGGUCAGGGGACCCGAGCCCCGGUCACCGCCGGAGAGGGGCGGCGUCCCCUCUGCUGGCCCUGCUGGGGCCGCGUCUGGGCACGGUGUCCAGUUCUGGGCUUCCCAGUACAAGAAAGACAAGGAGCAGCUGGGGAGAGGCCAGCGGAUGGCACAACGAUGAGGAAGGGCCUGGAGCAUCUCUGCUCAUGAGGAGAGACUGCGGGAGCUGGGCCUGUUCAGUCUGGAGGAGACUGUGAGGGGAUCUCGUGGAUGCACAGAAAUACCUCAAAGGCGGGUGCCAAGAGGUGGUGCCAGACACUUCUUGAUGGUGCUCAGUGACAGGACGAAGAGUAAUGGCCAUAAACUAAAACAUAAUAAGCUCCACCUCAGCUUGAGAAAGAACUUAAUUACAUAGAGGGUGGCAGAGCACUGGAACAGGCUGCCCAGGGAAGUCAUGGAGCCUCCCUCUCUGGAGGAGACAUUCAAACCCCACCUGGACAUGUUCCUGUGUCACCUGCUGCAGAGAAAGCCAGUAGUGCUGACAGGACUGGAACUGGGCACUUGCACUACCAAAUGGACAAUAGAUUACUUGAGCCAAGCUGAAGGAUCUAAAGAAGUAAAGAUUCAUGUUUCUGCAGUGCCACAGAUGGAUUUCCUCAGUAAGAACUUUGUGUAUAGAACUCUGCCUUUUGAUGUAUUUGUACAAAGGGCAGCUGAAGUCAAGCACAAGGAGUACUUUCUUACUGAGGAUGAAAAGUACUAUUUACGUUCAGUGGGUGAAGAUGUUAGGAAGGAUAUUGCAGAUAUCAGGAAGCAGUUUCCUAUUUUAGCAGAAGAUGUUCAUAUUCCAGAGUAUUUUGAGAAGGAACAGUUUUUCUCUAGUGUCUUCCGCAUCAGCUCAGCUGGAUUACAGUUAUGGACACAUUAUGAUGUAAUGGACAACUUCUUAAUCCAAGUCACAGGGAGAAAAAGAGUUGUUUUGUACAGUCCUCGAGAUGCACCAUAUUUAUAUUUAUCAGGUACUAAAUCAGAGGUGCUGGAUGUGGAUAACCCAGACAUGGAGAAAUAUCCCCUUUUUGUGAAAGCCAAGCGCUAUGAAUGUGUUUUGGAAGCAGGAGAUGUGUUAUUUAUUCCAGCUUUGUGGUUCCAUAAUGUAAUUUCUGAGGAAUUUGGAGUGGCACUGAAUGUCUUUUGGAAGCACCUUCCUCCUGAGUCCUAUGAUAAGACUGACACUUAUGGAAAUAAAGAUCCCAUGGCAGCCUCUAGAGCUAUACAGAUCUUGGACAGAGCCUUGAAAACACUUGAAGAACUACCUGAGGAAUACAGGGAUUUUUAUGCUCGGAGAAUGGUGUUACGUAUCCAAGAAAAGGCCUACAGGAAUGAUUAUGGAUAAAGUAACACACUGCAAUUCAGCAAGGUCCCUUGCAAGUAGAAAAUUGUAAGUUAGUAUGGAAACCGUCCAUCUAUACUUACAUACACUUUCUGUGAGACCAAUGAAAACUGUCAAUAAACAUUCUUUUAUAACAAAA